AUGAAUGAUGCACAGGUGGUGUGUAGACAGCUUGGAUGUGGUAAUGCUGUCAGCGCUAAUAAAAAUGCCACCUUUGGUCAGGGAAGUGGCCCAAUAUGGAUGGAUGAUGUUCGCUGUUUUGGAAGAGAAAGCUCCAUCACACAGUGCACUCAUAGGGGAUUUGGAUCACAUAACUGCAAACAUCAUGAAGAUGCUGGUGUUACUUGCUCAGCAACCAGGAUACCUGUGACAACAGCCACGAACUCGCCAUAUACUUCCGUAACAAAUGUGACUGUAACAGGACAAAUUGAGGAAAGGACAAUAGACCCUGGUGACAGUCGACCAAAUCAGAUCAGGCUGGUGAAUGGUCGCAGUAACUGCUGUGGUCGAGUGGAGAUCCAGCACAACACCCAGUGGGGAACAGUGUGUGAUGAUGACUGGGACUUAAAGGAUGCAGAGGUGGUGUGUCAACAGCUUGGAUGUGGUAAAGCAGUCAGCGCUCCUCAUAAUGCUCACUUUGGUCAGGGAAGUGAACCAACCUGGCUGGAUGAUGUUCGAUGUAAUGGAACUGAGAGCUACAUAGAUCAGUGCUCACACAGAGGAUUUGGAGUAGAGAACUGUGGACAUCAUGAAGAUUCUGGGGUCGUGUGCUCAAUAAAUUUGCAGCAACCAAGUAUCUCCUUCAGUAAUGCUGAUGGACCAGAAGUAACAAGGGGUUACAGCUUCUCCAUCAUCUGCUUUACUGAACCUCAGUAUCCAGGAGGUUCCUUUAACUUGGAGCUCAGUGGAUCCAAUCUCAUCAAGACUCAGUCAACUAUUAAACAUGCAGCUGUCUUCCUUUUUCCUAAGGCAGAUUCUGUCCAUCAGGGAAACUACAGCUGUACUUAUAAAGUCAACGUGUCUGCACGCACCUUUACCUCCACUGCCAGUGAACCCCUGUUCAUCACUGUGAAAGCAUCUCAGCACCUGGCUCCUUACAUUGGUGUUGGAGUGACAGUAGGACUGCUUCUCAUCUUAGUUCCAGUCAUUAUGUACUUUGUGAAGACACAAAAAAGACAGACAUUUUGUGUCAAUAGCAAGAACACAAACUGUGCCAGAAACACAUAUGAAAUUUUCUAUAAAGAGACUGAGAUGGAUGACAAAGCUGAUUAUGAAAAAGAAACCAUUUUGGACCAAAUGGAGGAUUCGGCCGACUUUCUACAUUGACCACAUUCACCUUGAUGCUGAUAAACAGAAGCAUGACAUGGGCAAUGAUGAAGAGGAUAUAAGUGUACUGUAGAGAGCUAAAGAAUUGAAACUGGUGGUGGUGGUAAUGUUAUGGCUUACUGAAGUUUAUUAAAAGUCUUACUGAUUUUAUCCAAAUUUAUCUUACUUCUAAAUUGACAUUAUAACGUUGUAAAAAAAAUAUAUAUAUAUAUAUAUAUUUGAGAUAAGCUGUUUAAGAUGACCCUAAACAAGCCAUUCAUACUUGCAAACUCUCCAAUGUGACAGAAUAAAAAUAAUAUUAAAAGAAGAGUGAGACAAAAUUCCUCCAAAGAGGUGAUAGACUCAAUGCCAGUUAUUGAAAAUGUGAUCGAUUGCAGUUUUUGCUGCCAGGGAUGGCACACCCAGUAAUUAGGUUCAGAGGCAAUUACUUUUUCACAUAGGGACAGGUAGGUUUGGACGGAUUUUUUCCCUAUGAAACUAUAGUUAGUCCUUAUAUUAAACAAUUUUAUAAAACAUUUCCAACACUUGGCACCAAGGUUUUAAGAAUCUACUGUAUAUAAAUUAAAUUAUAACUAAUAUGAUUUAUAGUAAAACAAUUAUUAAAGAUGAAUGAGAGUUGUGUUUAUUCCUAAAUUAAAGCUAGUGAGUAAAAUUCAACAAAACAUCUUUAUGCUGUUCUCCUUACAACCUUUCCACAAUUUGCAUUUUGUUGUUACAUGUAUUGUUCUACAUUAUUAUACAAAUAUACUAAACAGUAUGUAAUGGAUAUAAAACAAAACAUUUAACCAUUGUUAAAAUUGCAUAGUUUUCUGACGUAAGUAGC